UGCAAUGUCUGCAACCAAAGCCGGAUCAAGGAAGCGGCUAUCCGAAUCCGAACGUUCCAAAUCCGAUAAGAAUAACCGUUCAGCCACAGAUAAUUUCGAUCUCGAUGUGGAUUUCGAUCUCUCCGAUGACAUCAAAGGAAUCGUGUCGGCGCUGCACCUGAUCAGAGAUAAGGCUCAGAAGGAUGGUCAAAAGAAGAACGACGAGACUAUUUCCAGUGUGGCCUCUGAGAUUAAAUCAAUGAUCGAGGGAUUGAGGUCCAAAAUUGAGAAGGACAGGCAAAGCUUUGCUAAGGCGCUUUCAAAGAGUUCCAAAGAGUACGAAAGUUCCUUGAAGAACGAAACUGCUAAGUUUCAAGCACUCCAUGAGAAUUUUUCCAAAGAGAAAGCUACUUCUCUGCAGGCCCUGAAAGAUAUUAUCUCCAAAUUUGAAGAGGAAAAGGAAAAGCUAUUUGUCAGAUAUGAACAAAUGAGGAAGAAGGAAAGAAUUAUGCUAUCUGAACAAGAAAAAGCCUGCAAUGAUAAAGUUGCCCAACUGGAACAGUCUUUGAAAAGGAAGAAACAGGACGAUAAAACUUUCAGCAUUCUAAGGAAAACUCUUGGUUCAUUCUUGGAAAGUACCUCAGACGAGGAUUUCCCACCUGAUGAUUGA